AUGCUCUGGUGCGAUAAAUGUCUCGCCAGUCGCAGCCCCAACCAUCUCUCCACCUCAGCCAACUUACGCUGCCCACUCUGUACCAACAUCUUAUCAUCUAACCCUAACCCUAACCCUAGCCCCCCUCCACGUCUCCGAUCUCACCCUCAAUCCCACUCUAUUCUCAACCGCCAAGAUUUCGUCCACCGAUCUCACCAGCAAUCUCUCAAUUUCAUCGACAGUUUCGCAUUGAAGUUGUCAAUUUUCGACGCUUUCGCUGUCCAACAGGCCCGUAAAUUUUAUCAAACAGCUGGUGAGCAUGAUCGUGAGCGUGAGGGUGAGGGUGAUUCUGGUAAUGGGAAGGUUGGAGCUUGUUGUUUGUAUAUUGCCUGUUUGUUGAAUAGGGUUCCGGUUUUGCUUUUUCGCUUUUCGGUUGAGUUGGGGGUUAAUGUGUAUGAAUUGGGAGCUGAGUAUUUGCGGCUGUGUAGGGUUUUGGGGUUUAAAUUGUCUUCUUUUGUGCAGAAGGCUGUUGAUCCUAGUUUAUUUAUUCACCGGUAUGUCGGUGAGAUGUUCAAGGAGAGGAAUUUGAGGGUUUGUAUGGUUGCGCUGAGGAUUGUGGAGUGUGCUAAGGGGGAGUUAAUGAGAGAUGUUGGUGGAGUGUGUGGUGCUGCAGUUUAUGUUGCAGCAUUGGCUUGUGGAUUGACAUGUCGCAAAUCUGAUGUCGAGAGAGGUGUGCGUUUUUGUGAUAGGUUGUUUAGUGGAAGGUUGAUUGAGUUUGGGAAAAAGGAGUCUGGGGGAGGGGGAUUGACAGUUGAUGAGUUUAGGAGGAUUGCUAAGGAGUUUGAGGAUGAUGAAGAUUUGGAAUUGCGAGAGUUUGGGGGUGAUUUGGAGGUUCUUUGUCGACAUAAAGAUGAAAUGGCUUAUCGUUAUGGGCUUUGUAAUUCGUGUUAUAAGGAGUUUGUUCAGCUUUGUAAAAGACCGAGUUGUAAAUCAAAUACUCAGUCUUUUGAUCGUGCUAAAGUGGAGGCACUGAUUUGGAAAUGUAAUAAUGAUAAAUUUGGGUUUUCGAAGAAGUUUGGUAGUGUUUCUAGUUCAGGUAGUGAUGAAUCAGAGGACCUUUCUGAAGUUGAGGUUGAUGAAUAUCUAGGAGAUGACAAGGAGGCUGAAGGUAAAAAGGUUUUGUGGGAAGCAGUGAACAAAGAAUAUAUUCGUGAACAAGUUUUGAAGAAAUCUGCAGCGGCUCCGGCAAUUAAAAAACCAAAGAAAAAACAGAUGCAAAAGCCAGGUAGUAAAGUUGACAAUGCUACUGCUCCAACGUCUGCAGAAACUACACAUCAGGCCUCGAGUAAGAAGAGGCUGAACUCACUUAUAAAUUUUGAUGCACUGACUGAAAUGUUUGAAGAUGAUGUGGCUCCUGAUGGUAAAAAGAAUCGUACUGAAUCUCAUCAUGAUACUAAUGCCUUGGAUGAAGAAGCCGCUGGGGUAGAAAUUGUUGGUGGUGAUUCGGAUAAUGAAGACCAUCAGGGAGUAGAAUACUAUGAUUCUGAUUGUGAUUUCUUUUAA